CGCGGAUGCGGCGCGGGUGUUGGGAGGGAAAGGCUGGACAAGGCUGGGCGGGCAAGGCUGGACAAGGCAGGGCGGGCGCCGGGUUUCCCGCGGUCCGAGGAGAGUCGCUCUUAGAGGGCCAGCCCACUCGCGUCCUUUUGUUCCGGGGCCGCAGGGCGGGGCAGGCCCAACUUUCGCUGUCGCGUGGUCUACUCUCCAGAACGGCCAUGAUUUCUCAGUUCUUCAUUCUGUCCUCCAAGGGGGACCCGCUCAUCUACAAAGACUUCCGCGGAGACUGUGGCGGCCGGGAUGUGGCCGAGCUCUUCUACCGGAAGCUGACAGGACUGCCAGGAGACGAGUCUCCGGUUGUCAUGCACCAUGGUGACCGUCAUUUUAUUCACGUCAGACACAGCGGCCUCUAUUUGGUGGCCACGACUUCAGAAAAUAUUUCUCCCUUCAGCCUCCUAGAGCUGCUCUCCCGGUUAGCCACUCUCCUGGGUGAUUACUGUGGCUCCCUGGGUGAGGGGACUAUAUCCCGCAACGUAGCUCUUGUCUACGAACUCCUGGAUGAAGUGCUGGACUAUGGCUAUGUACAGACCACAUCCACGGAGAUGUUGAGGAACUUCAUCCAGACUGAGGCUGUAGUCAGCAAGCCCUUCAGCCUCUUUGACCUCAGCAGUGUUGGCUUGUUUGGGGCCGAGACCCAACAGAGCAAAGUGGCCCCCAGCAGUGCAGCCAGCCGCCCCGUCCUGUCCAGCCGCUCUGACCAGAGCCAAAAGAAUGAAGUGUUUUUGGAUGUGGUCGAGAGACUGUCCGUACUGAUAGCCUCUAAUGGCUCGCUGCUGAAGGUGGAUGUGCAGGGAGAGAUCCGACUCAAGAGCUUUCUGCCCAGUGGCUCUGAGAUGCGCAUCGGCUUGACAGAAGAAUUUUGCGUGGGGAAGUCAGAACUGAGAGGUUAUGGGCCAGGAAUUCGGGUGGAUGAAGUCUCAUUUCACAGCUCGGUGCACCUGGAUGAGUUUGAGUCUCACCGAAUCCUCCGCUUGCAGCCACCUCAGGGCGAGCUGACUGUGAUGCGGUACCAACUCUCAGAUGACCUCCCCUCCCCGCUCCCCUUCCGGCUCUUUCCCUCCGUGCAGUGGGACCGAGGCUCAGGCAGGCUCCAGGUUUAUCUGAAGUUACGAUGUGACCUGCCCCCAAAGAGCCAGGCUCUCAACGUCAGGCUGCACCUUCCCCUGCCACGAGGGGUGGUCAGAUGGACGUCCCGGGCCUCCCUGGGCCUCCCGGACAAGGGUCCUCCACCUCGGCUCCUCCUCUGGGGUUGGGCCCUGCCAGCCUCUCCUUUGAACUUCCCCGGCACACAUGCUCCGGCCUCCAGGUCCGCUUCCUCAGGCUGGCGUUCAGACCCUGCGGCAACGCCAACCCGCACAAGUGGGUGCGACACCUGAGCCACAGCGAUGCCUAUGUCAUCCGGAUCUGAGGCUCCCAAAGGAGGACACGACGCAGUGGCAGAGCCAGUGGUCUGUGCAUCAGGGGGACAGAAUUUUUUUCUCCAGACUUCCGGCCCGUGGCUGCGGAUCUGGCUUGAAGAGUCCAGAGUCCUAGAGACCAGGAGGGCUUGAUGGGGUUGACCCUCCUGUGGUAUCAGACCCGGGAAGGACUGAGAUGGAUCACAACUUAAAAAUCAAACUUUUAUUCUGAGGAACGGCUGUAAAAUGUCUAAAGAGAAAGCAGCAUGGGGGAAGCUGACUACUACUUCCUUCCACCCAGAAUGCCCGCGUAUGUGAAUCCAGGGGAGAGGCCAGCAGGCAGCAACAGCAUCAAGGCGCAGGCUGAGGGGAGCCAGAUCCGGGGGGCUGGGAGCCAUUAGCCUUUGGAGUCCCUGGAACAGGAGGGGGGCUCUCCCCAGCUUCCGGUUUCCCCCCACACAGGGCGCUGGCCCCCAGCGGGGAGGGGGCUGAGGACUGGGGAGGGGCUGGAGAAGGAUGGGAGGCGGGGCCUCCUUUGCCCUCCCCUGUCGGGGGAAGAGAGACCACGAUGUACUUCUGGACACUGCCGGGGCCAGAGGGCGCAGUGCUGGGGGGUGCGGUUGUGGCAGUGGAGACCAGCUUGACGAUGGGCUGCACACUGGGGACAGUGGUGGUGACAGGAGAGGUGGUGGUGGAGCCUGAGCCAGGGGCCGAGGUGCUGAGGGACAGGACCUGGGUGAUGGGGGGGGAGGAAGGCAGUAUCACUUGCCUGGCGCCCUCCCCACACCCCAGGCCCGGCGGAAUACUUCACUUGCUCCAACUGAAUAACUGGUACUUGACUAGCGCCGUGGUGACCGCUCCCCACCAUCCCUGGUCCUGCACGUACCUGCUGGGUGGACGAGGCGCUGGAAGAUGACAUCACGAUAAACUUGGUUGGAGGAGGAGAAGGCUGAGGUGGGGCAGCAGCUCUGGCAGACACCAGUGUCUGCACAGGCAGUGCGAUGGAGCCAGGGACCUUCAGCAAGCCAGGGGUGCGAGGGCCAGGCUGGGGGGCCUGUGAGAGGGUCAGCGUGGGCCGCGGCUGUGGGAAGAAGAGGCAGGAAGAUAUCACCAUCUAUGAAAAAAAGUCACCAACUACAAAAAGAAGGGGUCCUCUUGCUCCCCCUCGGGGGUCUCACUGGGGUUGGGCAUCACCACUAACGGGGCCUAGACUCCUCCAGAUGCUGACUGGGGUGGGCACUGUGUUUCACAGAAGUGCAUGUGCAGUCCUGGGUGCGUGCGCGUGUGUGAGUCCUCUGCCGUGGACACCACCCCCAAGGUUCUCCCCGUUUCACCUCACCCUUCCUCCCCGCCCCCUGUGCUGACCUGAGUGAUGGUCAGAGUGGUCCUGUUGACCUGCUGAGCCUGCAGCGCAGCCUGGGCCCGGGCCUUGACCACAUGUGAGCAGAGGAGGGGCCCAAGGGACCCAAAUUCUGCCCGAUAGGCAUCCUGAUUGUCAGGUGGUGGGCGCAGCUUUGCUAGAACGGGGGCGCAGUGUUUCUGUAGAGAGAAGGCAAAGAACAGCCAGGUAGAGGGAGGGCUGGGACCCUCCGAAUCGGAAUGGGGACGGGGUGAACAAGGUCAUCUGGUUCUUCAGCAUGUUUCUGUGGGAGGCCAGGCAGUGCUGGGUUAUCUGUGUGCAGAGAAUGCUGUGAUUUUUCCUCAGAACAGCUGGUGUGAGUGGAGAACUGCUGAGUACACUGGUUCUAUCUAAGGGCCAGUUGGUCCACAGGGCGUUUGCCUUGCCCAGAAUGGGCCAGAGUGAUGGAGGAGCACAGCUGAGUGGUCACAGGCUGAGAGUUAAGACCUUUUAUUUUUUACUUAAUCCUUUGGUGCCUCAGUCUUUCCACCUGCAAGACAAUACUGGACUCUCAGGUGUGCUCUGAAUAUAAAGCAAAGAUAGAAUCAGUGAAUAAAAGACACUAUAUGCUUGCUAAA